UGAAAGGAACCCAUCUCCAUAUCUGCAAAGAGAAGAAGAACGAAAAUACAAGACACAUAUUAAGAUGGGAUAGUGUUUUUAAGGGGCUAACACUAAAUAUCAGAGUGAAUGAGAAGAGGAUUAUUUGGAGCUGCCAGUAACCGUAACUGCUUCACUAAGCCGCCACUCAUUUCCAGCUCCAUCUUCACUCUUCUCAAACCCUUCUGCGCCGUCGCGUCUUCCCCCGCCAGAUCUCUUCCUACUUCCGUCGCUUCCGCCGCCGCGAUGCCUGGUUCUGACUCGUCCAACCGGGAGUGGCCGGCGAAGCGCGUGAGGGACACUUUCUUUAAGUUCUUCGAAGAAAAGCGCCAUGUCUACUGGCGGUCCAGUCCCGUUGUUCCAUUCAAUGACCCUACCCUAUUGUUCGCCAACGCUGGUAUGAACCAGUUCAAGCCAAUAUUUUUGGGGACUGUGGAUCCCAACACUGCCUUGAGCAAGCUCACUCGUGCCUAUAAUACCCAAAAUCGUUUGGAGAUUACUUCAAAGAAGAAGCUAUUACUUGGGCAUGGGAACUUCUAACAAAAGUCUAUAAAUUACCAUCAGAUCGCAUUUAUGCUACAUAUUUUGGUGGUGACGAAAACGCUGGUCUUGCCCCUGAUAAUGAGGCUAGAGAUAUAUGGCUAAAGUUUUUGCCUCCUGGACGUGUGCUUCCUUUUGGCUGUAAAGACAAUUUCUGGGAGAUGGGUGAGACUGGUCCUUGUGGACCUUGCACCGAAGUACAUUUUGAUCGAAUUGGAAACCGUGAAGCUUCAUCAUUAGUUAAUAAUGAUGAUCCUACAUUAAUUGAGAUAUGGAACCUUGUCUUUAUUCAGUAUAAUAGGGAGGCCGAUGCUUCUCUUAAACCUCUUCCAGCAAAGCAUGUUGAUACCGGCUUGGGUUUUGAACGUUUGACAUCUGUACUACAAAACAAAAUGAGCAAUUAUGACACUGAUGUCUUCUUGCCAAUCUUUGAUGCUAUUCAGUUGGAAACUGGUGCUAGGCCAUAUUCUGGUAAGGUUGGGCCAGAUGAUGCAGAUAAAGUUGACAUGGCAUACAGGGUUGUUGCAGACCACAUCAGAACUCUAUCAUUUGCUAUUGCUGAUGGGUCUCGUCCUGGCAACGAUGGCCGGGAGUAUGUUCUUAGGCGUAUUCUCCGUCGUGCAGUUCGGUAUGGCCGUGAAGUUCUAAAAGCUAAGGAGGGGUUUUUUAACAGGCUUGUAAGUGUUGUGGUCAAGGUGAUGGGCGAUGUUUUCCCUGAGCUAAAACAACAGGAGGCACACAUCAGGGAUGUAAUUGAAGAGGAGGAGGAAAGUUUUGGCAGAACCUUAAUUAAGGGGAUUGAGAAAUUUAAUAAUGCUGUUCAACAUGUUCAGGACAAACAGCUGAGUGGAGAGGAAGCAUUUGUCCUCUGGGAUACAUAUGGGUUCCCAAUAGAUCUCACUAAGCUGAUGGCUGAAGAAAAAGGUUUAACUGUUGAUGAAGAUGGAUAUAAUAAGGCCUUGGAGGCUGCAAGAGAGCGAUCAAGGAAUGCUCAAGCAACGCAAGCAGGUGGUGCCAUUAUCAUGGAUGCUGAUGCUACCUCAAUGUUGCACAGAAGGGGCAUUGCUCCAACUGAUGAUAGCUUCAAAUAUGUUUGGUUCAAGGUGGUGAAAGCAAUAUACACUGGUUCCGAGUUUGUUGAAUCUGUUGAAACUGAUGGUGACAUUGGUGUCGUUCUUGAAUCUACAAGUUUCUAUGCUGAACAAGGUGGUCAGAUUUUCGACACUGGAUCACUGGAGGGUCCACAUGCAUCAUUCAAAGUUCACAACGUACAAGUAUUUGGAGGUUUUGUUCUCCACAUUGGUUCUAAUGGGAAUGGAAUCUCUGUUGGUGACAAAGUAGUAUGCAAGGUUGAUUAUGGUAGGCGUUCCCUUAUAGCCCCCAACCAUACCUGCACACACAUGUUAAACUUUGCUCUUAGGGAAGUACUUGGGGAUCAUGUUGACCAGAAAGGAUCCAUUGUUCUUCCUGAAAAAUUGAGAUUUGAUUUUUCUCAUGGCAAGCCUGUUGAUCCCGACAAUUUGAGGAAAAUCGAAUCAAUUGUUAAUGAGCAAAUUAGGGAUGAAUUAGAUGUCAAUGCAAAGGAGGCAACUCUUGCUGAAGCCAAGCGUAUUAAUGGCUUACGAGCUGUGUUUGGAGAAGUUUAUCCUGAUCCCGUAAGAGUUGUAUCAAUCGGAGAAAAAGUUGAGGAUCUCCUUGCCGACCCUGAAAAUAAAAAAUGGUUAUCUAUUUCAUCAGAAUUAUGUGGUGGCACCCAUAUAUCAAACACAAGAGAGGCCAAAGCUUUUGCUCUUUUAUCUGAGGAGGGAAUUGCAAAGGGAAUACGCAGAAUAACAGCUGUGACAACUGAUCGUGCUUCUGAUGCAAUAAGAGUUGCAGAUGAAUUUGAGCAGCACGUAGACAAUGCAGCCAAGUUAGAGGGAAGUUCACUGGAAGAGAAAGUUUUGUACCUGAAAAGCAAUGUGGAAACCUUAUCUAUUCCUGCAGCCAAGAAAGCUGACAUAAAGAACAAGAUAGUCCAACUUCAGGAUCGGGUGAGAAAAGCACAAAAGCAAAUUGCUGAAGAAAAUAAACGUAAAGCUGUGACGAUUACAGCUGAGAAGGCUGAACUUGCUGCAUCAGAUGGGAAAACAUUUUGCGUGUCCCAGGUUGAAGUUGGUCUGGAUGUAAACGCAGUACGUGAAGCAGUUACAAAAGUCAUGGAGCAGAAGGGUAUAUCUGUUAUGGUAUUUAGCACUGACAAGUCUACAAACAAGGCUGUAGUUUGUGCUGGCGUGCCGGAGAAAGGUGAUAAAGGCAAGCUGGAUGUUACAGAGUGGCUAACCAACGCUUUAGGGCCUCUGAAAGGGAGAUGCGGUAAAGGAAAAGGUGGUCUUGCAACAGGCCAGGGUACAGAUGCAUCACAUGUAAGUGAGGCUAUGGAUCUUGCAACAUCAUUUGCAUCAAUGAAAUUGACUUAAUGGUCAAUUGCAUUACUUUCUUGGUGUGAUCAAACUUGAUACAUUCCUUGAUCUGUCUGGAGGGAAGGCAUUGACAAUUAGAUCUUGAUUAAUAGAACACAUUUUAGUAAAAUAUUAUUUGGGUUGAUACAAAUGAGGAGUAAAAUUCAGUUUUUAUAUCUUCUCAAAUUACAAAUUCUCACACAGAAUAGCAGUUACUUGAUCUAAACGAGCAAUAUAUCAAAGAUUUUUUAAUGGUCAUUUAUUAUAAAAGCACUUGUAUAUCUUUGUUUUUGUUUCC